CACCCCCAAUCUGCCCUUCCUUUCCCAGUCUCAAUCACAAAAUUCUCCCCUCCCUUUUCUGGAGCUCCCAACCCUCCACCUAUUUCCGAUUUCAGGCCGGAACCGGAAGUCCGGUGGGCGGGCCAGGCGGCGGAAAACGCAGAGGAGCCGGAGCCGGGACUCGGCUGUGGCCGCUGUCCCUGUCCCCGCCACGGAUCGCCGUGGCUUCAGUCUGAAGGUCGGUCCGGAGACGGGUGGGCGCGGCUCUCCCCCGGAGUCUCGGGGUGGCAGCCUUCCCGGGCCCCCCGGGCUCCGUGAGGGAUCAUGUCUACAGCCUCCGCGGCUUCCUCCUCUUCUUCGUCUUCGGCUGGUGAGAUGAUCGAAGCCCCCUCCCAAGUCCUCAACUUUGAAGAGAUCGAUUACAAGGAAAUCGAGGUGGAAGAGGUUGUUGGAAGAGGAGCCUUUGGAGUGGUUUGCAAAGCUAAGUGGAGAGCAAAAGAUGUUGCUAUUAAACAAAUAGAAAGUGAAUCUGAGAGGAAAGCUUUUAUUGUAGAGCUUCGACAGUUAUCCCGUGUGAACCAUCCUAAUAUUGUAAAGCUAUAUGGAGCCUGCUUGAAUCCAGUAUGUCUUGUGAUGGAAUAUGCUGAAGGGGGCUCUUUAUAUAAUGUGCUGCAUGGUGCUGAACCAUUGCCAUAUUACACUGCUGCCCAUGCAAUGAGUUGGUGUUUACAGUGUUCCCAAGGAGUGGCUUAUCUUCACAGCAUGCAACCCAAAGCUCUAAUUCACAGGGACCUGAAACCACCAAACUUGCUGCUGGUUGCAGGCGGGACAGUAUUAAAAAUCUGUGACUUUGGUACAGCCUGUGACAUUCAGACUCAUAUGACCAAUAACAAGGGGAGUGCUGCUUGGAUGGCACCUGAAGUUUUUGAAGGUAGCAAUUACAGUGAAAAAUGUGAUGUCUUCAGCUGGGGUAUUAUCCUUUGGGAAGUGAUAACACGUCGGAAACCCUUUGAUGAGAUUGGUGGCCCAGCUUUCCGUAUCAUGUGGGCUGUUCAUAACGGUACUCGACCACCACUGAUCAAAAAUUUACCUAAGCCCAUUGAGAGCCUGAUGACUCGUUGUUGGUCUAAAGAUCCUUCUCAGCGCCCUUCAAUGGAGGAAAUUGUGAAAAUAAUGACUCACUUGAUGCGGUACUUUCCAGGAGCAGAUGAGCCAUUACAGUACCCUUGUCAGUAUUCAGAUGAAGGACAGAGCAACUCUGCCACCAGUACAGGCUCAUUCAUGGACAUCGCUUCUACAAAUACCAGUAAUAAAAGUGACACUAAUAUGGAGCAAGUUCCUGCCACAAAUGAUACUAUUAAACGCUUAGAAUCAAAAUUGUUGAAAAAUCAGGCAAAGCAACAGAGUGAAUCGGGACGUUUAAGCUUGGGAGCUUCCCGUGGGAGCAGCGUGGAAAGCUUGCCCCCAACCUCCGAGGGCAAGAGGAUGAGUGCUGACAUGUCUGAAAUAGAAGCCAGGAUUGCUGCAACCACAGCCUAUUCCAAGCCUAAACGGGGCCACCGUAAAACUGCUUCAUUUGGCAACAUUCUGGAUGUCCCUGAGAUCGUCAUAUCAGGCAACGGACAGCCAAGACGUAGAUCCAUCCAAGACUUGACUGUUACUGGAACAGAACCUGGUCAGGUAAGCAGUAGGUCAUCCAGUCCUAGCGUCAGAAUGAUCACUACCUCAGGACCAACCUCAGAAAAGCCAACUCGAAGUCAUGCAUGGACUCCUGAUGAUUCUCCAGAUACCAAUGGAUCAGAUAACUCUAUCCCGAUGGCUUAUCUUACACUGGAUCACCAAUUACAGCCUCUAGCACCAUGCCCAAACUCCAAAGAAUCUAUGGCAGUGUUUGAACAGCAUUGUAAAAUGGCGCAAGAGUAUAUGAAAGUUCAAACGGAAAUUGCAUUGUUAUUACAGAGAAAGCAAGAACUAGUUGCAGAACUGGACCAGGAUGAAAAGGACCAGCAAAAUACAUCUCGUCUGGUACAGGAACAUAAAAAGCUUUUAGAUGAAAACAAAAGCCUUUCUACUUACUACCAGCAAUGCAAAAAACAACUAGAGGUCAUCAGAAGUCAACAGCAAAAACGACAAGGCACUUCAUGAUUCUCUGGGACCUUUAAAUUUUAAAAUAUGCAAAGAAAGACUUUUUUUUUUUUUUUUUUUUUUUAGGAAAAGAAAAGCCCUUAUAAUGACAAUUCAUGAGUAUUAGCUUUGGGGCGUGUUCUGAAUGCCAACUGCCUGUAUUUGCUGCAUUUUGUUUCAUCGUUAAUUUUCUUUUUCUUAUGGUGGACAUGCAAUUCAACUGUCUCCUUGCAUAACAUGGGGCAUCUGUGACUUGAAUAAGCAGCAGUUCUCAACUUCAGAACAGAUGCAGUGAACCAUGGCUGUAUAUGCAUGCUCAUUGUGUGAAGGCUAGCCUAACAAAAACAGGGGGUAUCAAACUAGCUGCUAUGUGCAAACAUCGUCUUUUUUUCGAGGUGGAACCUCAAGAAUGAUUUUGUUCUUGUAUCUCAUCUCAAAAAACAAUUUUUUUUCCAAAAGAUGGUAUAUGCCAAGUUAAAGACAGGGUAUUAUAAAUCUAGAAUAAUCAGUGGUACAUUAUAGAAAUGCAGAACAUUUAAGGAUAGUUGCAAGUGAGGGCUCUGAUGCCAGCAUCCUUCAAUCAGUACUGAACUUAGUUCCAUCCAUAAAAUAUUUAAAGGUAAGUGGUGGUUGCUGUAUUUAAUGAAAACAUAUUUCAUUGGACUAAAAUCUGACUAUGAUACAUUGAACAAAAUGGAACCUUUUUUUUUUAAGAUAUAAAGAUUUUAAUUUUGUGAUUGAGUGUAUGUGUGUUGAAACUGUAAAGAUUUUAUCACUCUAAUAGUAAUAUCUCUUAAAUGAAAUUAAAAGGUAAAUGGACACGAUCCAGCUUAAAUGAUCAUUCCUUCCUGCAAUGAUUAUUGGAUUGUUUUAGUUUAUAUUUAAAAAACUAAAGAGAAAUAAUUGAAAAUGGAAAUAAUUGCUCCAGCUAAAAGGCUUGGGCUUAGAUUUCUUUUAUGAUACCAAAAGAGUAAAAAACCUGGCAAAUCAGGAGAAGUUAGUAAGGAAAUUAAAGAAAUAAAUACAAAUUCAUGAAGUAUACUAUUUAUGAGCAUUGGAGUAAUUGAUUUUCCUUGCAAGCCCAUCCUAGAAUGCCUGCUGCCUUUCAACACUUUUAAGGGAAUUUCAACACUUAUAAAGAGAAAAUUUAUAUUGUUAACAAUAACUUUGCUACCAACUUUGAAAAUAAAGGUAAUAAAUUCAUUGAAAUAAUAGACUAUAUAAGCUCUAUUUUUUCAGUUGGUAUUAAAAUAAAUCACAUUUUGAUACCAGUACAAGGUGUCUUUUAAACAAGGAUGUCAUCAACCUCAUUUUUAUAGCAUUAAUGUUUUAUGAAGAGAAAAUUAAAAAUGAAAGCAUAAUUGCUGUGAUUAUUAGAAUUACAUCAUGAUUGUAUUGUAGUUUUGCUCUGUUUCAGAUAAGCAAGUUGAUCUAAGAAGUUAUCAAAACUAUUCUUAAAAAUGCUAAAGCAGGUAACUUUUUCUUCUGUUAUUUUUUUCUCCUUCUGAGUUUUAUAAUGUAUUCCUGUGUAUACAAGCAAUAAAGGUAAAAGACAGUUUGUACUAAACUGUGUCAUUUUUAGCUUCCUCAAAAUCUGUUACCAGAAAGUUUCCAGUAAAUAAAUGUCUACCAUUACUUUAUUUAAAUAAAAGAAAGGGCUGUCAUUCCCAAACAAUUUGAUUACCUAACUGAAAGUAUACUGUCUGAACACAUCAAUAGUAAAAUAAAAUUGACAUAGAAAAGAACUGUAGGGUAAGGAAAAGUAUAACCCAUUCAUAGCAUUGCUGCUUGUGAUAUGUGUGUGUCACUCCACCAAAAGGGAUCUAGUCAGUGCUCAGAGACUUUUCUGGUUAUCUCAGAGCAUGAGAUAUUCAAGUGUGGAUGCUAAUGCUUGACCUUUCCAUUAGGAUUUAGCAUUAUAGAUUUCAGAUUUUAUUUCUAGUCAUUAAUGUGUUUUUGCUAUAUAUUACAUACUUAAAGGGAAAAUUUAUUAUUAUUACAUGUAAUCACUUUAUAAAAAUCUCAAAUAGGAAAAUGGAAGAAAACAGUAGUGUUAAGUCAUGGUGCCAAAUGCCAAAAAAAAAAAAAAAAAAAAAGGCUAUUGAACCCUUGCUUGUUUGUUUACAGUAAGUUCCUUGUUUGUUUACAGUAAGUUCCUUCAUUCUCACACUGUAAUUCUCCUAGACACUGAGUGUACUUCAGCCUAUUGGUUUUAAAGUAGUUGUGUUGCAAAGUUCAUACCUUUUAAGUCCUGAUUAUCCUUGAUGGGAGAAAAGGGCAGCAGGGAUAAUCAAAAUCUACAGUCGGUUUUAUCCAGCAUCCUCACCAUCAAACCUUCAGACAGAUUUUAACAAGGAGCCGAAUGUUUUACUUAUAAAAAAAUUUUACUUUUUAUUCUAACUCUCAUUUUUGGGUGGAAAUAGUGAACAGACAAGCAAGUGGCUUAAAGGCCCUCAUGUAAGAAGUUCACAAACAAUCCCUAAUUACAUUUCAUUUUUUCCCUCAAGGGAAAGAAAACAAAGUCUAGGGAGAGACACUCCUCAGCAUUAAAAAUAACUGAGUCGAAUGAAAAUCAUUUAACAUUAUUAACUUUAGAGCAGCACCGCAUAUUGAAGAGAUUUGCUUGAAAGUUGUUUACAAUUGUUUGACUUUUUGUUGAACCAUUUUAGAGUACUUAAUGUGGUUUUUUUCUCCCAGGUUUCUUCUGUGUUCCUAGUUUCAGGUCCUGCUUGUAGCCAGAGGUCACAGGCCUUGCCUGUGAUGCUCUUUUCUUUCUGUAAGUGUGUGGCUUUCAGCAGUGAACUUCUCUCUUCAAAUGGUAGGAAGUUCUACUUCUGUCAUUCAGAACAUUUUAUGUGAAACAGUGUAAUGCAGAAAUCCUUGUGUAUACUGUAUACUUGAAGGAAGCUUUUUAGAUUUAUUUUUGUUUGUAAUAAAAUUCAGAUUGUUAUUCUAAACUUGUUUAUAAAAAUGGUUAAUGAUUUAUAUCAGCAAAUGAGCUAUAGGAGUGUUUUACCUUACAUGAAAUUAAAUAAAAACUGAAAAGUGAGUACUCUUAAAAUACUCAACACAAUUGUAACGUAAUCAUGAUUUUUGAGAGGGUAAGUCACUGGCCAGUUAACAUAUCCAUCUGUAACAAUUCACAUUAUUUUGUUAAAUGGGUACUCUUCACAAUUUCAUUAAAUCAUGAUUUAUAUAAAGUACA